AUGGAUUUUGAUGACCUGGAUGAUGCAGAAGAGACCUUGGGCCCGAAGUUGGUGGAUCUGCGUGAGCAGAAGCGAGCUGAACUUCAGCUGAGCAAGGCACCCCACCCAGCUCCAAAGGGUAAGGGUUUUGGGGGCGGCACCAAGCGAACGCAGAAGUUGCUGUACUUGCAUGGUCCUGGCUCCAACAAUGCCAUGUCCGAGAAGCAGGUGCAAGCUGUUUUCAAGAACCUGAAAUGGGUUGUUGACUUUCAUCUUUUGGAAUGGCACUACUUGGAAGGCACCAUCAACCAUAAGCUGGAAGAGAUUCAUUGGGACCCGGCUGUGCAGAAGACUUUUGCUCCUUUCGGACGGCCCUGCGGGGAGUCCUUCGAUGGUUACAUGAGCUACGUCACGAUUUUGAACGAGAGCCACCAAAAAGAGAGCUGGAUUGGCCCGAAGACUUCAAACCAAGGCUAUGAGGAUGUAAUGGACGACAUAGCCAAGAACCUGGCAGCGAAUGGACCCUAUGACGGCCUGUGUGGCUUCGACAUAGGCGCCAGUUUGGCCUUUGAGGUGGACUACCGGGGUGAAGCUGGAUACUCACAGGAGUUGAGGCAAGCUGCUGAAAUGGAAGCAGAAACAGAAAACCAUAGUAAUGCUCCAGAUGUCAAUGUGGACAAAGCAUCAGCUGGCAGCUUGGGAUCCAUCUUUGACUCACCGUUUCGACUGAGUCCAGAGAUGUCGCUGGCCGUGCUCCCUGCGUACUAUGUACGACACAGCUCCAGCUUCCCCACCAUCCGCAGAGGCGCGAACGUCUCAGACGUCUUUUCGCCCUUUGCCAAAGUGAGGACGCGAAUCGUCCCAGUGCAGCCGCAUAAUACCUUCGCGACAGCAGUGGAUGUGGAGAUUGCCACACCCGAAAUCAUCGUCUCCGUGUACCUUUUGCUCUUCGUUCCCUUGGCAAUGGCCUGGGCAUAUUUUGUUCACUACGGAUGUAAGGAGAAGCAUUAUUUGAUCAUGGUGCCAUUCACACUUUGUGCCUUCACAGUGGGUCUGGAUUUGGUGAACCAAUCCUUAUCAACACUGACUGCAGCACCAAUGGCUAUGACUGCCAUCCAGGCUGGCUUCAUGUCCGCUGCCACCAUGUUGUGGACAGUGGGUUGCCAUGUCUAUAUGCUCAUCGCCCGGAUUCGCAGCAACGAAGCCCCACCGCCCCUGGUGAAGUCACGCAGUGGGGAGCGAAGUCCUUCAAGGGUGCCAAGUGAGCUUACAUUGUACCCUUUGUCCUGCACCACGCAGACAAAGUUGCUCUUUGGGUGGACGCCUGCGGCUCUGUGGUUUGUGGCUUACCAGCUCAUCAACCAUGAAGUCUCCAUGUACUGCUCACUGUCCGAGAGAACCGUGUUCUUGAAUAUGUGCCCGCUUUUCGCUCUCUUCAUUGAGCCCUUAGUGUUGCCCUCACGCGUUGAAAAUGUCUUGAACCAGACCUUUUCGUCCAAAAUGGCCUUGAUUACAAUGGCUUUUGGAGCAGUUCUCUUCAGUUUGCAGUAUCCGGACUUCAGCGCCAACGGAUUGAGAUCCGCUGGCCUCUUGGUUGCCUUGGUGCUACCAUAUCGGUUGCUUCAGCGAAUGCUGCUGGCUGACUGUCAAGAUGCGCCGGCCACACUGCUUUGUGCCUUUGAUGGUUUGCUUCUCACCGUCCCCGCAGCCUGCUUGACUGUGCUGAAUGAACGAUUCUUUCUAGAAGCUUGGAAUGUUUGGCUCCACAACCCAUCCAUCAUGCUGAUGUUUGGUCUGUCCAUUUUUGCCUUCAUCGGGAAUCACCUGUCCGUGCUGUAUCUUCUCAAGGCAACCUCGGGGCCACAGGAACAGACCCAUCCCAAGGCAACGUCCACCUUGGUCUUUGGGAAUUUGUCCAAUUUCGUUGUGGUUUUUGAGGGCAUCGUGUUUUUCUCAGACCCUGUCUUUGAAGCUCCCUUGGUUUUCACUGGCAUUGCCCUUAGCUUACUGGGUGGCGUUUGGUACGCCAUUGAGCAAUCUGACCCGGCAGAUGAUGGAAAGAUCAGCAUGAACGAGGAUGGGGAAGCGGGGAAGUUGACCAAUGGCGGAAAUGCCCCCAGAAAUGAGAAGUUCCGAUAUUUGUUACUAUUCUCAUGCCGUGGACAUCGCGAGAUGGCCGAGCAUGGCCAAGGUACGUUGCGGCCAAAGUCGCCACUGCAAAUCCCCUGUUUCUUGAGCUGGUCAGAGGAGGAUGACUCCAAACAGUUUUCCAACUACGAGGAUCUAGCCUUGUACAUUCAUCCCAGGUUUCGCAGGAUCUGUUUACACAGCCAGGGGCAUCGGCCUCCCAAUUUCCAGAAGAACACCAAGGAAUGUGAAGUUUUGGACAACUUCAUUGGAGAGAUGCAGGCAGGCAGCUACCAUCCAGGUGAAGAUGAAGAUGUCAGCAGUGCGAUUUAUAAGGGCUUUUGGCUGCCCUUGCCGCGGCAGCAGGGGCCCGAGCUGCAAGAUGGCCCAGUGAAGUUGAUAGUGAUCCCUGACCCCCUGGGGCAACACGGUCCACUGCCCGAUGCGGCUGAGAAGGAGAGGCAGCGCUUUCCAGCGCAGGAACCGGCUGAGGUGUGCGCCAAGCGACUUGAUGUUUUCAGGCAGAUCUCCGGAUGCAAGUGCGAUGACUUUCAGGUGGAGGGUGUGCACGUGAUUGGUGUGAACUUCGACCCUGCACAGAGUCGGCUCCCAUGGCAUCCAGUUGUUCAGGAGCGCGACAACUCGAUGGCCUACGCAGUGGGGGCUGGCAGAAGUCGAUGGCUUCAAGCGGAAGAUGAAGUGCAACUUCCCUGGCAAAGCUUGGAAGACCUUGCCGUGAAGCUGCUGGAGGAGACUGAGAUUGCCCCUGGUGACAAUAUCGCUCUGCUGGGUCUAGGAACAGGUGCGCACGUUGCCUUUGGAAUGGCGCUGGCACUGAUUGAGCAUCGCAAUGUCUUGCCCGUGAAGCUACUCUGCGUGUGUCCUCCCAGCGUUUGGCCGGCUGGUAACCCUGGUCAAGGAUCUCUCAUAACAACUCCCAUAUGCUACUUGACCUGCCCAGACUCGGUGGCCGGUCCACCUUGGCGUUGGGAGACUGCCACCUUUGGAGCCUUCGGACAUCGACACUUCCAGGACAAGGCUUCCCUGGUGGCUACUGUGCAAGAGGAGAUGAAGCUGAGCUGACUAGCUGACGAAAAAAAACUGAUUGCUUCGCCAAAAAGACUGGUGCCAACUUGACCCAGAUGGGCACUUUUAAGCAUCAUUUAUGUGUGGUGUUUUUUUAGUGGGGUUUCAACAAUUUUAACCAUCAAAAAUAUGGGGAUAUCACUGUUGAUUGGCGAUUAUAAGUAGCUGCAAUGUGGGGAAUAUGAUAGAAGAUGGAAUUUUAU